GGUGUAGGCGGCAGCGCGUCGAGACGACGAGGACAUCCGGAGUACCAUGGAUUCGACGAGGAGGCAGCAACAGGGCACGCUGGCGACUCUGGGAUGUCGGGGCUUCUCGACGCCGUUUCCACGCAGGCCGUGGACGAGCGAGACCGGCGUCGCCGCCGCCGCCGUCGCCUCCGGCAACCUGGGCCUCAAGGGGGUCAUUGCCGGUGGUAUUACUGGAGGCAUAGAAAUUUGCAUCACAUAUCCAACAGAAUAUGUAAAGACACAAUUGCAACUAGAUGGAAAAGCUGGAGCUGGCAAAGAAUAUACAGGAAUAGUUGACUGCGUAACCAAGACUAUUAAGACCCGUGGAUUCUUUGGCCUGUAUAGAGGCUUGUCCGUCCUACUCUAUGGUUCUAUACCAAAGUCAGCGGUGCGAUUUGGUGCUUUUGAAACAGUGAAGGAUCACUUGGUGGAUGCGGAUGGGAAACUCAAUCCACAAAGGAGACUCCUGGCGGGUCUUUGCGCCGGAGUAUGCGAAGCUAUUUUUGCGGUCACUCCGAUGGAGACGAUUAAAGUGAAAUUUAUCAACGAUCAACGUUCGGCGACUCCAAGAUUCAGGGGAUUCUUUCAUGGAGUGCACUUGAUUGUAAAGGAACAUGGUUUUAAAGGAGUAUAUCAGGGAGUAGUACCUACAAUCUUGAAGCAAGGAUCCAAUCAAGCUAUCCGUUUCUUUGUGAUGGAAACAUUAAAAGACUGGUACAAAGGAGGUGACAAUACUAAAAGUGUUCCUAAAGUAGUCGUGGGUGCAUUUGGUGCAAUCGCUGGUGCAGCAUCCGUUUUCGGAAAUACACCUAUUGAUGUUAUAAAAACUAGGAUGCAGGGAUUGGAAGCUUCAAAGUACAAGAAUAGUAUGGAUUGUGUGAUUCAAGUGUGGAAGAAGGAGGGUCCAAUGGCAUUUUACAAAGGAACCAUUCCACGCCUGGGCAGAGUGUGUCUAGAUGUCGCUAUAACAUUCAUGAUAUAUGAUUCCUUCAUGGAACUUUUCAACAAAGUAUGGCCUUAGGUCUGUCACAUUUUGUAUAUACACAUUAUACAUUCUGUCAGAUUUUACAAAUAUUGCUUUCACAUUGACAUACUUUUUAUAAGCAUAUUUGUAUGACAUAUAUAUAUGCAGGGAUAUAUAAAUACUUAUAUACAGGGUGUUUGAUAAAAAUUGUACCACGCUUGCAAAUAGAUAAAGAGUAGUAAACUGAAUAGAAAAGUUCUUCAGAGUUUGCAAUUUUCAAUAAUUAUUAAAAUAUUAAUUAAAAAGAAUUGGCAAAUAAGCGCGCCUUUCACGAAGUUAGUCUAAAAAAUGUAUAUAUGGGACGCAACAACAAGAGAAUAUCACAACGAAAAAAAAAAUCGGAGAAUGCACAACUAAGCUUUUUAUUACCAUGUGACACUCGCUGCUGACGUAUCUAGAGCAUACAUUCUAUAUUUCAUCGCACGAAACGCGUGCUCAUUCGCCAGUCUUUUUUAAUUAAUAUUUCAAUCAUUAUUGCAAAAAUUGCAAAAUGUGAAGAACUUUUCUGUUAAAUUUUUUGUGCUUCGAUCCCCGAAUGUUAGUCCAGUCUUUAUCAAACACUCUGUAUAUAAUUUGUCAGAGUUUAUUUAUAUUUUUAUUUAAGAUAUAUAUAUACACAUAUGUGUGUGUGUGUGUGUGUGUGUGUGUGUGUGUGUGUGUGUGUGUGUGUGUGGGCGCGCGCGCGCGCGAAAGUUUUCCAAUGGUAACAUUUGUAUCAAAAAUUAGGAAAACGUAAAUCGCAAAUGCAUCCUAUUUCGAUCGAUUUUUAUAACAUCAAGACGAAUUUUGCACAAUAAUGUGAUGUUGCUACCUCCGGCUCUAGCAUUUAUACAAUGUGCAGUGCACAAAAAUAAUUAUUUUUAAUUGCGAAAGCUUUGUGUUUUGAUGAACUUGUGCUUCAUCCGUGAAUAUUAUUUUGUUUAGUUAUAAAAUAUUCUAACAAUAUUCUGCAACAACAUACAUUCCUGGAAUCACAUUCGUUCCGUUAUAUUUAUAAAUAUAAGAAUAUCAUUUUUGUAAAUUCCUGAAGUGUGUGAAAAUAGUCUAUUUAUAAUAUAUCUGUAAGUCACAUAUAUUGUACAUGCCAACGUAUUGUAUAUGCCACAUAUGCCAAUAUAUACAUAUAUACAGUGUUAAUACCAAAAUAUAUUUAUGUACAAUUUUAUAGAGAGAAAUAGCACACUUACAUAAUAAUCGAGCAGGGAAAAAACACCUCAACGAAUUUAAUUUUGUAUAAUUUCUCGCGUCCGAGAGGAUUACAUCAAUGUUGCAGAGAUAAAUAUAAGAGAGAAUGUGUAUAUUAAUAAAAACAAAUUUAAUCUUAUUUCUGUAUAAUCAUUUUUUCAUAUGUAAUCUUUCUUCUGUUAACUAAAAUAUGCAAGUGACAUACAAAUAUGAUAUUUGUUUUCCAGAAAAAAUAAUAAAUAUAUGUUGAACUAA